UCAAGUGAAAUAUUGAAACAACUAAAACGGCAGAAAACAAAAUUUUCCAAAGUAAAACGAAGAAUGCUGUUAAAAAUCCCCCAAAUUAUAUUCGCUUUAAUACUCGCUUGUAUCCCAAGCCAUGCUGCUGCAACCAUGCAAGAAAUAUUUGCUGCUCGCCAAGCAAAAUCCCUGGAAAUUCUCAAAUAUAUGAAUCAAAGCAUUAAUCCUUGUGAGAAUUUUUUCGAAUUCACCUGUGGCAAUUGGAAGACUCACCAUCCCACCUCACUGCUGCAAACCAAAACCUCAGCAUUUACUAUGGCCAUAGCGGAUUUUAAGAAAUAUCUACCCCAAAUGCUAAACAAUUUCGAAUACUCCGAUACUGUAGCAGAGCGCAAGGCGAAAUAUUUCUAUGGCUCUUGUCUGCAUUCGGGGCCGUUGAAAAAGCAUGGCGAAAGAUUAAAGCAAAUUAUCGAUACGGUGUUGAAGAUGCCCGCUCUGGAAGGUGAUGAAUGGCAAGAGAAAAAUUUCGAUUGGUUAGCCACAGUGGCUGAAAUCUCCCAUAGGUAUGGCAUAAACAUCAUACUGGGCUUUGAGUUGAAACUCAAUAUCAAAGAUCACACAGCCUACGACAUAUGGUUGACCAAGCAACGUUUCCCCAGUGGAUUGUCCCAGUCCCUGUCAAUGCAAUUGCAAACCUAUUUGGCUAUGACUGAACCACAAGCUGAGGCAGUGGCCUUGGCCUUUGCGAAUUUGGAGAAAAUGUUAAAGAAUUUCCCCACAGGACAUUCUGCUGCAGUCGAUAUAGAGGAGCUACAUGGCCGGUAUUAUCCAGCCUUGGACAUUAAGAAGUUAUUGAGGAUUUCUUUGGGUUUCGAGCCCCAGGGAAAUAUUACCUACGAAGAAAAUUUUAUGAAAUUUAUUGUCACCUUGCUGCAGGGUGUCUCCAAAAAGGCUAUGGCCAACUACAUAUACCUCAGCUUGUUUAGAGAGCUAAUGCGUCAAUUGCCCCCCAAUCCCUCAAUGGCUCCUGCCCAGUGUCUUCAGAAAGUGGAGGAAAAUUUCAAGGAUAUCAUAAGUUUUACCACCUAUCGCAAAUUUAAUUUAAGUGAAACUGAGGAGAAAGUAACUCAGGUGUGGUUAAAAAUCCAAGAGAAUUUGCAAUUGCUAUUGGAAUCAAGUCAUCUCAAAUGGUUCGAUGAUGAGGCCCGAGAAUAUGCCUUGGAAAAAUUGCAUUGGCUUAAGAUGGUGGUGCCCUCGUACAGGGAGAUAGAUCUAAACUCCAAGUAUGCCAGCUUAAAUGUUAGUCUGCAGCAGAGCUUCUUAGAGAACUUGCUAGCCCUGCACUCCUUCAAGGCUGGGCAAAAUAGAAAAUCUCUACUACAACUCAGCCAUCACAUAGACGAUGUCCUCAAUAUGAACACCUUGCUCUAUAUGCCCCUCUCGAAUGCCAUAGUGACGCCAGUGUCGGUAUUGCUCAAUGAGUACUUCUACUCUCAGCAGAAUCCCCAUGUGUUGAAUUUGGCUCGUUUGGGCUUUAUAAUGGGUCAUGAGGUGUUGCAUGGUUUCACCGGCAUAGGACGUAAAUUCAAUAAAUUGGGUAACUACAUAGGCGAUUGGGAUGAGGAUAUUGAAAUGGAAUUCAAGCAGCGACGUCUUUGUCUCUAUCACCAAUAUCACAAUUAUACCUUUGGAGGUGUUAACCUGCCCCAGGAUAUCACACAAUCGGAAAAUGCCGCCGAUAUAGGUGGCAUAAUUCUGGCCUAUCAUACCUAUCUGCAGUGGCAUGAGGAUAAGCAACGCACUACUGAGGAAUUGUAUAUGGAGACUUUGCCAAAUCUGCCCUAUACCCUGGAUCAGAUAUUUUUCAUCUAUUACGCCCAGACAUGGUGUGCCGAUACUUUUGAGCCUUUGCGUGCCAAAGCUGCUGCCUCGGAUAAACAUUCACCGGAUGAGUUUAGAACAUGGGCACCCUUGACGAAUAUUCAGGCAUUUUCCCAAGCCUUCCAGUGUCCCCUGGGAUCGUUCAUGAAUCCAAGGCAAAAGUGUGAUUUCUUUUGAAUUUUGAAA